AUGAAAGCUAGAGGUUCUUUCUGUGUUCUGUUUCGGCAGAUCAUCUUCUUUGUUAGUGUAGUUUUGGUGGGCAUCAAUGGUGCUCAAGCUAGUGCCUGGCUUAACGCUCAUGCAACUUUCUAUGGGGUCAACCAGGACCCUGCCACCUUUGGAGGUGCUUGUGGUUAUGAAAAUACAAUGGUAACGGCGUUCGGAGUGAACACAGCAGCAGUAAGUACCAUUCUUUUCAGAGGUGGAGAGGCAUGCGGUGCUUGUUACCAAGUGAUGUGCAACUAUAAGGUGGAUCCAAAGUGGUGCCUUCGACGAGGAGCCGUGACUGUAUCCGCCACCAAUUUCUGCCCCCCAAACAACAACGGAGGGUGGUGCAAUGCCCCUCACCACCAUUUCGACAUGUCUAUGCCGGCUUUUCUUCGCAUUGCGCGACAAGGCAACGAAGGCAUUGUUCCUGUGAUCUACAGAAGGGUGGCUUGUAUACGAAGAGGAGGAGUCAGAUUCACGUUGAAGGGGCAAUCGAGCUUUAACAUGGUGAUGGUAUCGAAUGUUGGCGGAAGCGGCGCCGUGAAGGGGGCGUGGAUACGGGGGUCGAGGAUGAGGAGAGCAACAUGGAUGCCGAUGCAUAGGAAUUGGGGUGCCAAUUGGCAAAGCAGCAUCGACCUGAGGAACCAACGACUGUCGUUCAAGCUCACCUUGGUUGAUGGAAAAACCCUAGUGUUUAACAACGUUGUUCCUUCCACUUGGAGAUUUGGACAAACAUUUUCAUCCCACAACCAGUUCUCUUAA